AAUGUGGACCGGCAACUGGUUACGAAAGACGUCGCGAGGUGUAGAUUGGACGGACGGGCAUCGUCGGAGUUUUUAUUUUUAUUUCGAUUCCGUGGUAAAUACUUAAGUUCAAAGUUCUUUAAAUUUACAUCAACUGAAUCCAAGGAAAAUGGCAUCCGUUCUAAAAAUUGUAAAGAAAUUGUCCCAUCAGUCUCGCAGUUACAGCACAAAACUGCACGAUGUAGUCAUUGUUUCCGCCGCUCGGACCCCAAUUGGGAGCUUCCAGAGCUCCUUGGCCCCCCUGUCAGCCACCGAAUUAGGAGCUCGUGCCAUAGAUGCGGCCAUCCAGCGUGCAGGCAUCGCGAAAGAGGACGUCCAGGAGGUCUACAUGGGGAACGUGGUCUCGGCCGGAUUGGGACAGGCUCCGGCUCGCCAGGCCGCGAUCUUCGCGGGGCUCCCCAAGAGUGUCUGCUGCACCACAAUCAACAAGGUCUGCUCGAGCGGAAUGAAAUCCAUCAUGCUAGCCUCGCAGACCCUCAUGCUGGGCCAGAGCGAGAUCAUCGUGGCCGGCGGAAUGGAGUCGAUGUCGAACGUGCCAUACUACCUGCGACGUGGAGCCACCCCCUAUGGCGGAGUAAAUCUUAUUGACGGAAUCGUGUUCGACGGACUGUUCGACGUCUAUAACAAAUUCCACAUGGGCAACUGCGCGGAAAACACUGCCAAGAAAAUGGGAAUCACUCGUGCCGAUCAGGAUGCUUUUGCCAUUGAAAGCUACAAGCGAUCGGCGAAGGCGUGGGCCGACAAAGUUUUCGAUGCGGAAAUCGCUCCGGUCAAGAUUGUCCAGAAGCGCAAACCCGAAGUAACCGUCACUGAGGACGAGGAAUUCAAACGCGUGAACUUUGACCGCUUCGGGCAACUUGCUACGGUUUUCCAGAAGGAGAACGGAACUGUGACUGCAGGAAAUGCGUCCACUUUGAACGACGGAGGGGCUGCAACCGUGCUGAUGACGGCUGAGGCUGCCGAGCGCCUCAAUUUGAAGCCAUUGGCUCGCAUUGUUGGAUUCCAAGACGCUGAGACCGAUCCCAUUGACUUCCCAAUCGCACCCGCAUUAGCUAUUCCAAAACUUUUGGAGAAAACAGGAGUCAAGAAAGAGGACGUUUCCUUAUGGGAGAUCAACGAAGCCUUCUCGGUUGUGGUAGUCGCGAAUAUACGGAAACUGGAUGUGGACCCAACAAAGGUAAAUGUACACGGGGGUGCUGUCUCCAUUGGUCACCCGAUUGGAAUGUCAGGAGCACGCCUUGUGACCCACCUCUCACACGCUCUGAAGCCAGGCCAGUACGGAUGCGCUUCGAUUUGCAACGGCGGCGGCGGUGCUUCCUCCAUCCUUGUCCAGAAAUUGUAAGCCCUCACUUUACUCAUUGCCCGAAGUGCCUUGCUCAGUCUUCCCUGGUCUAUUUUGUAUGAUCGAAUUUUCGAUACCAGAUUUGCAUUUAUAUCGUUUUGUAGGCGUAAUUGUUUUAUUUGAAAUAAAGUUAGCAUCCAUGAUGUCCUUUGUGUAAGAAA